GCCAAGUUCUAACUAACCUGUUAUUUCUAUAACCCAAUUUAUAAAAAUUAGUGAAACUAUUUGAAGAAAAAACAUUAAAAACUCAGUGCUAAAAAAUCAGCUGACAAGAAUAUAGACCUACAAGUACGAUUUACACAGAAGCUGUAAUAUAUGCAGAUCUCAGCUAGUAGUUAAUAUUGCAGCAAUCUGAACAAAGAAAGCACCCCGGACAACCAAUUCAAGGUUUACCUAUCACACUCUGAAGAGUUGUCACCAUGGAAGCACCAAAUGGAACAUUAGCAGACAAUUUAUGCGACCAAUUGACAACCGAUGAACAGUCGCCCAUUUCCCAGUCCAAGGAGAGUGAAAUUUUUAUCGAAAAGAUUUUUCGAAAAAGACACGGCACCACGGAUAAGGGCAAAAAGUAUGAAAAUAUGAUUACCGCGAACAUUAUACUUCGUCUGAUAAGCUCCGAUAAAGUAAACAACUCCUAUGUUUCGUCAAAUCAUCCAGAUUUUGGUGAUUUUGAUGAUUUAGUUGUCGAAACUGAAGCCCAUGAAAGAGUCGAGACAACAGCAGUGCAGUUAAAACACAGCGGUCGAGACCAUUUAAAGCUCACACAACUAGCAAGCGAAAAGGGAGAUUUCAGCCUAUUUAAAUAUUUUCAUUCGUCCCAAAAUAUAAAAAAGAAACCACAACAAUUUAUCUUACUCACGAAUCUGAAAUUUGAAGCUCCCAACAAGACAAAAUUUCAACUCGACAAAAGUGGUCUUUUCUUAGAACUUUCUGAAGAAAUAAUUUCAGAAGAUUUUUUGAAAAUUUCCCAAGAUACAAGUUAUUGCUACAAAUUUCAAAUUCUAGAAGACGGAAAUACUAAAAUAAAAUUUUCAAAAUUGCAGGAGUUCAAAAGUUUCCUUGAGCAGUUUCGUCUAUACCCUAAUCAAGAAAGUCUGGAAACACUUAAAAAGUCAACAAUGAAUAGAUUCGUGGAGAUGUUUGGUUCUAAUGAGGAAACCUUCGAAAAGUACCUUAAUAUUAUAUCCGAGUGGGAUAUGCACGAAGGAGCAAAAAACAAAUUAGACCGAAACAUAAUGCAACGUGCAAUUGCACUUUGCCUGUUGUCUCCUUACGUCGAAAAUUUCACUUCUGGUGCAGUCAGUCCUAAAGGUAAAACUCUUAGGGAAGCAAUUUGUCUCUUCGAUUUUACGCUUUUGAGAAACAAUGAGUGUGAUGCAGUUAAACAGUUGUGGGGAGACGUUGACGAGGAUAUUGACAUCAAUGAAGUGAACAAAGUGAGAUCAUUUUAUCGCCUUUCUUCUAAUUAUCUAUCCAGAAUAGAAGAAGCAGAUGGAAAUGUGUUGACACAGUUGUUGUGGUUAAUGGACAAGCGUCCGUUAAUCCUAAAAGAACAGGAAAAUAUCGAAAAAGCUAUUGAGCUUUGUCCAGAUGCGAAAUUUGUUGUGCUAGGUGAAGGAAAAUCGAGAGAAUGGAUGAAUCAUCGCUCCGUCUUUCAGAAUUUAUUAGACCUGAAAUCAAAACAUAAACUGUAUAAAACAGUGAUGGAAACUUUCACUGUUUCCUUGCAAGGGAAACCAGUGCUUACUCUGAAGGACGCAUCUGGAGGAAAUGAAGAAUUUUUAAAGAAGAUUACUAUAAAUGAUCUUUUAGAAAUGGUAGAUAGUCCACGCUUGAUAGACGAAGGAAAAGUGGCUCUUCCCGAUCCUUAUAUCGAAAGGUCGCGCUUAUUGUUGGUGUUUAAGGAACUUGCCGAUGCGACGAAUUAUCAAAGAUGUUACUGGAUGACAUUGAACAUCAAGAUAACGUUCUAAUAGUACACAUUCCUGAUUCUAAAACAAAAAACCUUGUCGCUUUGUAAUAAUUGUUGAUGAAGGAAAUCUUGCUUUGUACAGGCGUUAUGUGGCAUUACGCCCGGUUCGUCUUCCACACCGGCGGCUAUUUGUAAAUUAAAAUCAAGGGAAAUGUGCUGUCCAACCAGUGGGGCUACAUUCAUUUGAAAAAUUCCCUUCUAAAGUUGCAACGUAUCUUGAGUUACCUACACCUCUGGAAUACACGGGGCAUUGUAUGCACCGAAGUUCAGCGACUUUAUUACUAGACGCUGGGGGCGAUGUUACCAAUUUAGAAAGACAUGGAGGAUGGCAAAGUACAACGGUGGCCGAGGGCUAUAUUAAGGAGUCGAUCCAAAAUAAGCUAGAUAUAGCAAGAAAAAUACAAUCUAGUGCAAUAAUCCCUCUACAGGACUUUUACUGAAAAUUUGAAGCUCGCUUAUAAAUCACUAUCGGAAAACAAUAUUUCAAACAUAAGAAGUUCCUCAAUUCAUAUUAAUAUUUCUAAUUAAUAGUUUUGAUUAAAUUGUUCUUUUUUAAAA